ACCCAAGGCCACUGAAAAUCAUCAUUAAAACUGUCUUAUUUCUUUAUGUCUUAUUGUGAUCAAAAAAUCUGUGGAGUGAAAAGUCUGUAAACUUUUUUCACUUGGGAUAUGUUCUUCUGAACUUCAUUAUAAUAAACAAACUUUGUGGAAAUUUGAAAGAAAAUUGAAGAAACAUUUUCUGACAAAGUUGAUUCACAUAUUGCUGUAUUGAUAGAGUUUGUUUGAGAAUAUAACAUCUGUCUUGUGCUAACUAGCUUUCAUAUCUCUGGUAUGUAUAGUUUAGUAUAAAUAACAUAUUACCAUAUUAAAAUGUCUCCUGCUUCAUUUGAAUGGCCUUGGCAAUACAACUUCCCUCCUUUUUUCACGAUUCAACCAAAUUCUGACACGAAAGCGAAGCAGAUAGACGCGUGGUGUCAACUUGUUAUAAACUAUCAUAAACAUCACAGCAAGUCAACUCUACGCGUUGCAGAUGUACAGUCUUCUCCUCUCUUUUAUAAUAAGACCAUUGAUAGAAAAUUAUCUCAUGAGGCAGUGAUAGAGAUUUUGAAUACCUUACACAAAAAAGGGAAUCUAGAGUGGACGGAUAAGGCAAAAACAACAUGCACAAUCAUCUGGAAAACUGUAGAUCAAUGGGCAGAUCUCAUUUAUGCAUGGAUAUUUCAAAAUGGGAUGGUCAACACUGUGUUCACUAUAUUUGAAUUAUGCCAUGGAGAAGAAUCAGCCAAUCAAGAAUUUCAUGGAAUAGAAGAUGAAAUUUUUUUAAAAGCACUCAGAGUUUUGGAAAAUAGAAGAAAAGCUGAACUUAUCGGCAAUGACGGAAUUAAAUUUUUCAUGUAGAAUUAUCUCAAAACAGCGUCACCAGACAGAUAUGAUUCUUACAAUCUAAGCUUCAUAUGCAUAUGAUUAGCGUAUAGCAUUUUGUAGCAAAUAUGUUAAACAAAGCUUAUAAGAAUCAAGUAGUUGCCUAUGUGCACACUGGAAUGUUUAUGCAAAACUGAAACCUGAGUGGG